AAACAAUUGCCAUCAACAGCACACUAAAGUUGCUGUAUUAAAAAGUGUGUCAGGUUGAAGAGGCGGAAGUAGCGGCGGGUGGUACAAACCGAGACAGCUGACAGAGCGCACUCUAUGACGCACACACGUCACUGAUGGCGGACCGCUCAGUCCCCAGACCCACACGCGGAGGGACAAACGGGACAAAGUCACCGAGAAACACUCUCAACAACCCCGAUCACUGAAUACCUGCCAAACUAAACCGUUCUCGGCAAAAAAAACUAAACAAAACAGUAGUUAGUAGUAUGUGGGACGGGAGCGGAUCGGCGAGCACUGAGCGGGACCGCGGAGCCGAGGAAGUCGAGUGAAGCGAGCGGGACGCGUCCGGCUGACGCACCGCAUGUUGAGCCAGCGCGCUGACGGGCAGAAGAAGGAACUAAUUCCCCUUAAAGUGAACUCUUGUUGGCGAAACUAUGAAAUUCGCCGAGCACCUUUCGUCCCACAUCACCCCUGAGUGGAGGAAACAGUACCUUCAAUAUGAGGCAUUCAAAGAUAUGCUGUACGCUGCCCAGGACCAAGCUCCAUCUACUGAAGUCACCGAUGAAGACACUGUGAAAAGAUACUACGCAAAAUUUGAGGAGAGGUUCUUCCAGACCUGUGAGAAGGAGCUUUUGAAAAUCAACACUUUUUAUUCAGAAAAGCUCGCUGAAGCUCAGAGGCGUUUUGCCACUCUGCAGAAUGAGCUGCAGUCUUCACUGGACGCCCAGCGCGAGAGCAACGCUCCGCCGGGGCUGCGCAAACGCAAGACCGUGUUCCACCUGUCGCAGGAGGAACGCUGCAAGCACCACAACAUCAAGGACCUGAAGCUCGCCUUCAGUGAGUUCUACCUGAGCCUAAUCCUGCUGCAGAACUACCAGAAUCUGAACUUCACAGGUUUCCGCAAGAUCCUGAAGAAACAUGACAAGGUCCUGGAUACCUGUCGCGGGGCCGACUGGCGUGUGGCUCACGUGGAGGUGGCGCCAUUCUACACCUGCAAGAAGAUCACACAUCUCAUCAGUGAGACCGAGACGUUGGUAACCACAGAGCUGGAAGGAGGAGAUCGUCAGCGGGCGAUGAAGAGGUUGAGAGUUCCUCCGCUGGGAGCCGCUCAGCCUGCGUUGGCAUGGACAACCUUUCGUGUGGGUCUGUACUGCGGCAUCUUCAUCAUCCUCGCCGUCGCCUUCACCCUUACUGGCGCGGUGUUCAUCCGCUAUGAAAAUGUGUGGCCACUGGUGAGGAUUUACCGGGGCGGCUUUCUCCUAAUCCAGUUCCUGUUCCUGUUGGGCAUUAACACGUAUGGUUGGAGACAAGCGGGUGUCAACCAUGUGCUCAUCUUCGAGAUCAAUCCUAGGAACAACCUCUCACACCAACACCUGUUUGAGAUCGCUGGUUUCCUCGGCGUGUUGUGGUGUCUCAGCAUCCUUUCGUGUCUCUACUCGGAGUACCUCUACCUUCCCAUGCAGAUCAACCCCCUCAUCCUCUAUGGCUUCAUGCUGCUCUUUUUCAUCAACCCCUUCAAGACCUGCUACUACAAGUCACGUUUUUGGCUCCUCAAGCUGCUGUUCCGAGUGUUCACGGCACCGUUUCACCGUGUGGAGUUCGCAGACUUCUGGCUGGCCGACCAGCUCAACUCCCUGGUGGUGGUCCUGAUGGACCUGGAGUAUCUCAUCUGCUUCUACAUCUUUGAGCUACAGUGGAGCAACAGCAAGGGCUUGUUGCCCAAAACAAACGACGCCGGUAACUUUGUCUGCCACAGCUACUCGUACGGCCUGCGUGCCAUCAUUCAGUGUCUGCCCGCCUGGCUGCGCUUCAUCCAGUGCCUCAGGCGUUACCGGGACACCAAGAGGGCCUUCCCCCACCUGGUGAAUGCUGGGAAAUAUUCCACCACCUUCUUCGUGGUCACCUUUGCUGCGCUGUACGCCACACACAGAGAGCAAGGCCACACAGAUGCAGACAUGUUCUUCUACCUGCUGGUCGUCUUCUCCUCUAUAAGCUCCUUGUACACACUGAUCUGGGAUCUGCGUAUGGACUGGGGUCUGUUUGACCGUGGAGCUGGAGAGAACACCUUCCUCAGAGAAGAGAUUGUUUACCCGCAUAAGGCCUACUACUACUGUGCCAUCAUAGAAGAUGUCAUCCUGCGUUUUGCCUGGACCAUCCAGAUCUCUCUGACCACGAUGACCAAGAUUCACUCAGUCGGUGACAUUGUGGCCACUGUGCUCGCUCCUCUGGAGGUCUUCAGGCGCUUCGUGUGGAACUUCUUCCGUCUGGAGAACGAACACCUGAACAACUGCGGUGAGUUCCGUGCGGUGAGAGAUAUUUCCGUGGCACCGCUCAACGCCGACGACCAGACGCUGCUUGAGCAGAUGAUGGACCACGACGACGGAGUCCGGAACCGUUCUGGCAAGAAGAUGUGGAAGAGGUCCUACAGCCUCUCGCUGCGGCGCCCUCUCCUGUCCGCCUCGCAAUCCAAAAAGGACACAAAGGUUCUAAUUGAAGAUACGGAUGAUGAGGCAUUCAGCUGAAUCUCCAACACACACUUACACACACACACACACACACACACACUUCCGCAUACACAUACACACACUCUUACGCACACACAAACAUGCACAUGAUGCUUACAUUGCUCUUCUUUACCAUCUCUGACCUUUGGUCUAAGCCAGGGGUCCCCAGACUACGGCCCGCGGGCCGGAUACGACCCGCCAGCGUCCAAAAUCCGGCACAAGAUAAUAAAAACUUUUUUUUUU